AGAAAUGUUUAGAUUAAAAAUUAUAGAUUUUAAACCAAAUAAGAUAACUUAUAUAAAUUAUGUUAAAUUCCUUUGUGAAAAUGAUAAAUUAGAUGAAGUUAUUGAAUUACUUUAUAUAAUGGAAAAUGAAGGAAUUCAACCUAUUCAAAGGGAUUUUGUAAUUUCUGUUAUUCAUCCUUUGGCUAAAAAUGAUUAUCCUCAAUUGGCUUGGAAAUUACUUUCUCCAUAUUUAAAUACGGAAUUUGGAUUAUCAAAAAUUUAUUCAAAUGAUUUCACUUUAAUUAUUGAAGCAUUUAUGAGAAUUAAUGAUUUUAAUUCUAUAAGAAAAGUUUUUAUUAAAAUGAAAUUAUCUGGUAUAAAUCCUGAUUAUAAAGCUGAAAAAAUUCUAGAAAAAAUUAAGGAUCAAUUUAUUGAAGAAAAAGAUGAAUCAUGCGAAUAU